UAGUUGCGCUGCUCAAAAGGGGGAUUGUUAUAUGGAGGCAAAUGUGGUGGCACUUGCUAAGUAAUCGCAAAUAUUCCCCUGUUUUUUUGCUACUAUCAAACAGAAGAGUAGACCAUAUUUAUUAUUUAAAGUUUUUCUCUGGAAUUCAACUUUCACCGCUGUGAAAAAACAAUAGUUUGUUGUCGACUAACCAACUUUUGCACCAUCACACUUAUACAGUAGCGGCAGCACAAAAGUUCUUUCUACUCUAUUCCAACUUUACAUUUUCUCUCUGUUUCUGUCUCGCAAAACUGCCACCCGUAAAAAAUACUCAACUUACCAUUAUUAUCUUUUUCAAAUCUGUGUUUUAAUUUUACUAACUCAUAUCACGUCAAAAUUGGGCUGUAAUAAAGCUACUUAGUCUGCUAAUUGUUCCGUGGAUACUUAACAGUACGAGCAAAAUCUUUUGUGAAUCAAGAAAAGACAACAGGAUUUCCCUGACGCAAAUAGCCCGGUUGGUUGUAAUCUAAUUCCAAUCAGUCAGAUUUUACACUUAUUUGAUACUUUGCUUUAUUUGAGAUACAAUCUCGGCCUGUUUGACAAUUCAAUUGUACAAUUUGAGUCAUAUCAUACAUUAUACGUACUACUUAACUUCUACGACUAAGAUGGGCGGUUUCUCGUAUGGACUUUUGAACCCCAAGGACUGUAUCACAGACUGGAAGCUCUGUCUGCUCAGCUACUGUUUCCCCUUCGCUCCCUUCGGAAUUGCGGCCGACAAAGUGAUCGGAGAAGGCGACGGAUACAGGUGUCUGAUUCUGAGUGGGAUCCCUAUUGUGCAGUAUGCGGUACUGCCCUGCUGGAGGAUGCAUGUGAGGGAGGCCAAGGGAGUGGAUGGCAACCUGCUCUUCGACUGUCUCGCAUCCUACUGCUGUCCAUGCUGCACCAUCUUUCAGGCUAGUCACCAGGCGGGUGUAGAUGGCGAUCACGAGAUCAGCAAGACGAUUGAGUUGAUGAAGAGAGGCGCUGAGAGUUUCAGUCCUCAGAAGGAGAUGGAGAAAGCGAAGGAGCAGAGCAAGGAGGCGGCCGAUGACGCGAAGAAGUCAGCCGAGGAGGCCAAGCAGGAGGCUGUAGCGUGAUCAGAAUAGAAUGUCAACAGUUUAGAAUAACAGAACAUAACAUAUAGCAUGAGGUUGAAUGAAAACAGGGUGAAAAAAGUAAUUGGUCACACUUUCGACAAGGAAAGAACGAUAAUAUAUAAGCAAGACAUGGUGUGAAAAGCGAACAGUGUGACAACCCAACUUGUGUGAACAAAAGUGUGAAAACUCUAAUCUUAUUCAUUUUAUUUUCUACUCCAUAAUUGAAUGUCACUGCCUGGCAGUUGCGUCAAUUUAGAAAAACCUGAUGCGUAAAUCAGGAGCUGUUUACCGAAUUUGUGAUCGAACUAGUUAAGGUUUUUGUCUCUGAGAUUAAAUUCAACGUUUAGGUUAUAAGUUGGGCCCUUUUAACCAAAAAUUGAACUCAAAUUGAAUAUAAAUGUUUUGAUUUUAAGUUUGAUCAGAAACUAAAGGACCUAAUAGUUCACGGAUAAUUUUAUACUGAUAAUUUAUGUUAAAAAUAUUAACAAUUAGAUUUUUAUACUGUGCUGUUAUUUCACUUUUGAGCUGUCUACUAUAGCUUCUUCGGCGAAAAACAAAAUAAGAUUGAACAGCUCUGAAGUUUUAUUUUUUAUGUAUGGUCGUACUUUUUUUAAAUUAAUCUAAUUAUGAAUGAAAGUUAAUUUAUACUAAUGUUUUGCUAGCUCUGAGUCGUGUACUAUAAGAGUAAUGAA